ACCGAAACGGCUAUCAGUACACGCCUGGCGGAUCAACACUACUGAGCCCGUUUACUACGAUUACCGUAAAUUCAGCGCAGCAGCAGCAUCACACACAUCAGUAUACGCUUACUAGCGACGGAACAGUGUAGGCCACCAUAUUUGCUAGUCUCCGCCAGCAAGUCGAUUCGACUCAUUCAGUUUUGUACAGUGAGUGUGUCGAGUAAGUCAUCUUUCUCCGAGACCUCUCGCUCUCCUUGGUGAAGCACUAGAGCCAGCAGCCUUCAGCAGUACCAGAAGCUAAAAGUUCCAGCGGGACAAACUCUACAACACUCAUCAUCUUAGUGCAACCCGCAGCCCACAGACAGAAUCAAAGAUGGCCCUUGGAGAGGAAAAUCCCGUCUAUUCUCCAUUUUUCGGAGUUAUGGGAGCAGCUGCUGCUAUCAUCUUCAGCGCCCUCGGAGCCGCCUAUGGUACGGCGAAGUCCGGCACAGGUAUCGCCGCCAUGUCGGUAAUGAGACCUGAGCUGAUCAUGAAGUCCAUCAUUCCCGUCGUCAUGGCGGGUAUCAUUGCCAUCUACGGUCUGGUCGUCGCUGUACUUAUCGCCGGUUCGCUGGAGGAGCCAACGAAAUACUCACUAUACAAGGGCUUCAUUCACCUUGGCGCUGGUCUGGCAGUAGGAUUCUCCGGUCUAGCCGCCGGUUUCGCCAUCGGCAUCGUCGGUGAUGCCGGCGUCCGCGGUACUGCCCAGCAGCCGAGACUGUUCGUCGGUAUGAUUCUGAUCCUCAUUUUCGCCGAAGUCUUGGGUCUGUACGGUCUGAUUGUCGCCAUCUACCUGUACACGAAAUAAGCGGUUACGGGGAGAGGAAGCACAGCGAUGGUUCACUGCUUAUCGUCAUCUGCAAUCACCACCAUCCAUCACCGCAACCAUCAACAACAACAUCGAUCGAUCACCAGCAACAGCAGAAAGAGAGAAAAACAAAAAACGUACAGCUGCGAGCAACACCCGUAGUAAGAAAUUUAAUCACUACGCGCGAAAAGCGAACAUUUUCCAAUUUCUAGCAAGCAAAGCCCAAAGUCGCCAAUAAUAUACCCUAGAACAGAACAAAUCAGUAUCAAUUACGAACAAAGCAGAUACAUCAAAAAACAUCCCCUACUUCCGGAACUAAAACAAAAGACUAUGUAUUUAUGUAAAAUAUUGUAUUUAAUUGUAAUCCUUACUUAUGUAAUGUAAAUUGUUGCCCACACACCACGAAAAGGUUAAACCAUUUAAACUGAAGACAGCUGGUGCCGUUUAUAGGUUAUUUGGAAAGUACUGAGAGAGCUAAGCGUUAGUAACUGACUGUACAAAGCCUAUUACUGUGCUAUUAAUCUAGAUAAUGUCAAUGCACCCUCACGUUUAUCGCCCAUAUUGGACGAAGUGAUGCAGUUCUGUAUGACUUCAAUAUAACCUGUAAAUUGGUUGCUAAUUUCAAAGGUGAAUUUUUUGUUCUGUUCUUAUUUUCGGUUGUUCUGCAAUGAUAAUUAUGAUUUGGCGAGAUACCACUUUGAUUGAGAUCUUGCAAGUGGGACCUCUUCCUCCGAAAGUUGAUCGAUAUUAAAGGACAUUUGGCUACACAAACGUCUUAUAAGGUUGAGUCUGUGAUAUAAGCUUCCAUCACAAAUUGCUAGUACUACAGUUGAACAAACACACAUACACAGAAUACGAAACUGGUCGUUCUCUUCAACUCAACCGAUUUCCACCUGCCGACCAUUCUUGGAGAACGAGUUUCGUGUGCUCAAAUUUUCCUACUGAACUCGCACACGGUGUUUUGUUUUACGUCCCGGAAUAAGCUGUAGAGUAUAUUAUUGAGACAGGUUACUAACAAUCAUACUUCGAAAAAUUGUUGGAUUUAGCAGUAUGUUUUUUGCGUUCGUUACACACAACCGUUAAAAUUCAUCAAUUAAAAAAGCGGAGUAGUUGAUUAGAGAACAAAAAUACCAUCCCUAGAUCUGUUUUAUAAACGUUAGCUUAAAUGUUCGUAAAAAUCGUCGCGUAGACUGAGCUAGAAAAAACAACAUCCGUAUUUUACCGUGUACCUUGAGUACCUGUACUGAGAAGACUCGAAAACUAUCAGAAUUGGAAGGCGCAUACGCCAACAAAUCGAACAAAACCAACAACCCUGCUUUGUCUUCUAGGCCGUUUAACAUCUGGAGCUAUUAAAUUGCAAAAAACAAUUCGAAAACAAAAGACAUAAAAGACACACACACCGAUACAAAACGACUAACACACAUGCACACAAGCGAUGAUGAAGCUACCAUCUACUUUCAUCAAUCGCAGCUAGAAGAAAAAGAACAUAAAUGCUGGCAACAAUAGGUUCAAAGAAAACGAUCAAUGCAACAAUUCACCAGAGCACAAUUCCUGUACUCGGUCCGAUCCGUUUAGAUGCUGAAACGAGGAGGUUGGGUCACACGAAAAAAUGCGCUGCUGCGGACGGCUGUAUGCGGUUGUUUCGGCGGAGAUUUGCACUCUGACGAUCUGUAAAAAUUCACCAUCUGUUUGCUCAGGAGUGCAUCCGAGUCUCUGCCAAACUGAAUCUAUUCUUCCCUGAAGCAUUUGUUUGUUCGGGAACCGCGUAAAUGUAAUCAACGUGAGCUCUAAUCGUAAUUAUUGUUGGAGAAACACUCUCUGAAUACCAACAUCACCACCACCAAACCCUUGGAGACAUCUACCAAUCAACCAACCGACGCAGAAACAAACAGAAUGCAACUGGAUCAACUAUUUGCCAACCAACAUCUUGAAUAUCCCUGUUUUGUUGUGAGGAAGCUUUAGGAUCUAAAAAUCUUAUCGAUAAGUUGAACGAUAUAAACAAACAAACAAAAAACCACAGAAAACACUAUGUGAAGAAAUCUACCGAAAUGACAUUUGAACAUAACAUCUGCAAAUUCAAUAAAUUUAACUGAAAAUAG